AUGGCGCUAGCCAGUGACCUGGAGGAGUUUGUGCGACCAGAGGAGGAGGAGGAGGAGCUCCCAGACCCCGUGGAGCGUUGUCGGACGCGUUUGCGAAAGCGGAGGCGGAAGGUCACCGCCUCCUUGAGGAGGGCCUUAGAGGAAGAUGAGAGGGGCCGCGCCGAGCGGCAAGAGGCGCACGAGGAACGGCUCAAGCGGCUCAUGACGGAACGCUGGCAGCGCCGUAAGCGCGAGGAGGCGCUGCUGCAGCGUGCUGCACGCCGCGCAGGGGAACCCAACGCGUGGCAGUCCGCGGUCGACGCGGACGGAGCGCGAGUACUUGCGGAGCCUGGGGAUUCGUCCUCCUCGGCGCAGGAGACGACGAGUUGA